AUGGCAAACAAUUCUAACGAUAGCAGUGAUGUGGCAAAGCUCUCGGACGAAGAAUGGAAGAAGCGACUAACGCCUAUGCAGUUCCAGGUGCUGCGUCUUAAAGGAACGGAACGAGCUGGGACUGGAGAGUACAACAAGCACACGGAUACGGGAGUCUAUGUCUGUGCUGGAUGUAAAGCACCUGUCUACACGUCUACGACGAAGUUCGACUCAGGAUGUGGCUGGCCCGCGUUUUACGACGCUAUUCCCAAUGCCAUUAAGGCUGUUCCUGACGAAGACGGACGUCGCACUGAAAUUAUGUGCGCCAAGUGCGACGGUCACAUGGGUCACGUAUUUAAAGGUGAGGGAUUCAAGACACCAACUGACGAACGUCACUGCGUGAAUAGCGCGUCACUGAUCUUCCACAACGGUGAAGUGUCUUCUGAGUGA